AUGACAGCUGCUGAGCUAGAAGAGGUCAGGUGCCAAGGGGAUGCUUUGGUUCUAGCAGACAGUGACAAAGCAACGAGCGAGGUGCCAGCGUGCAGCCUGCGCUCCGCUCUCCGGCUCGCAGGAACCCCGGGCGCUCCGGGCCGGGGCCGCCCCCGUCGCUGUCCCCGCCUGCCCCGUCGCUGCCGCCGCCCCCGCCGCUUCGAGCCGCCCGCUGCGGCAGGUCCCGUUCCGCUGGGGGGGAGCCGGGCCGGGGCAGCCCCGGGGCAGCGGGGGCAGGGGAGCGGGGCAGGGGGCGGACACCGCCGGGCACGGGCGCCGGGCACCUCCCCGCCCGGCCAGAGCCCCCCUGAGCCUCCCCCGGCCCCGCUCGCCCCGGGCAGCCCCAGCCCCUCCCCUGCAGCCGCUCCCCGAGCCCCCUCCUGCCCCGCCCGCUGCCCGCGGAGCGUGUCCAGAAGCCCCGCGCGAGGAGGGCCCGGCCGGGGCAGCUGCGGGAGCGGCGGGCACCGCUGCUGCUUUCCCUCUCCGGGGCCGCGCUUGCCCCUUCCUGCCCCGGGGAUGCCCGUUUGCAUCUUGCCCGGCUCUGACACAGCGAGACCAGUAAUUCUGAGAUCCCUUUCAUCAGUCUCUUCACCGAGUAGUCCUCGAGAGAUCUUUCCACGGGCGGUUUCUCGUGGGCAGGUCCUCACUGCUGUCUUUUCCGUCCCCGCCCCGGGGCGUGUCCCCAGAGGCAGGUGACAGGACCAGCUGCUGCUCCCCAGCCCUUAAUUCCAGCUGGUGUUCCAGCUGCUCCUAUUCCCAGGGGAUUGUGGGGAGGGCCCUGGGCGGGGCCCGGGAUAUAUGAGCCCCCGCCUGUGGCCGGGGAGCUCA